AUGUGCCUCUGUCCUUCAAUGUCCAAUCUGUCAUCCUUGUCAUCUACACUUGCUAAGAAUGCCGAUUCAAAAUAUUAUCAAGAGAUCGGGGCAGAGAUGAUUAGCAAUCAGCUCAUCAUUAGAUUAGAAAAGGAUAAAAAUAGACAAAAAAAGAAACGGGCAGAAUGGGAUCCACCUUGCGAUUGUGUUGAAAUUCAAAGACCGACAAGCACAAGAGGUCCUAAAAUAAUCAACGCAAAUUGUGAUGAUCGCAUUGUAUUUCGCGUCCAGUCGGCAUUCCGUCUCAAUGAAAAGAAGGAACUUCCUUAUAAGGCACAAACAAUCGGCUAUAAGGUCGGAUCGUGCAGAGAUGAACAGGAUAGCCAUCAAUGCAAGAGCAUCACGGUUUAUCCGAACUUUGUCUCAGGGUCUCAAGAAGUGUACAGUAAUCACAUAACAGAGGGCAAUCAAAGUAUCUUCUUACUAAGAAUAAAAAAGAAAGCGGAAGAUUCUGAACAAAAAAAUAGAAACGUCGAACUUGAAUUAAGAACACCCAAACCGCCAACGUUGUUACCUACACAUAAGCCUACACCUGCAGUUGCACCAUCGCAACCCGUUGCCGAUUUAAUUGUAGAAAAUGUUCACAAUCCGAACAAAUCGGAGGAAAUUUCUUUCCUUUGUAUCGGUGAGCGGCCAACUUGUUCAUCGAAGAAUAGAGAAAGCUACAGUGACUUGUCGGACGUCGAAAUUCACAACUACUUUGCAAUCUUUAUGUUUGUAAUCUAG